AAGCAGAGGCCACAACAGUCAGCAGUCUCAGUUGGCAGACGCGUCCCUUCGCGCUUGCUUCAUUUCUUUUUCUGCGUGUUUAUAUGUGCCAGGCAUCGCUAUCGAACGCUACGCACAGUUAGAUAGUUCGAUAGACGGACUUUCAUUCGUUUACCUGGAACUGGCUCGGGACACAGCAACACUCGGCACAAGUGGCGAACUUGGCGCAUCGCGAGUAUUUGGCUGCUUCGUCGUGCGAGUAAUUUCUCCUCUAUACACGUGGUGAACAACGAGUAAAUAAGCUGCCGCGCUCCCACUGCGAUCCUCUGCCAGUUUCGCCUGCAUAAAUGCAGUGUCCUGUGAGCGGCACGACGUUCGAGCUUCAUUGACAAAAAAGAAAAAGUUUUUCAGAUUUGCAUAAUCCAGGGGUAGACGGCUGCUUCGUUCGAAAGAGACAGCUGAAGCAUCCCAGCCAAAAGCCGUGAAAAUCAUGAGUUCACCUGUACUUCCGAACAUGGACGGAGCCGAAGCCGAAAUGAGCGAGCCUCUCUUCAGCAUCCUCGACCUGUUGCUGCUGGGGUCUCUCUUGUUCGGUGCCCUGUGGUGGCUGCUGAGGAGGAAAAAGGACAGCUCGCCGAGCAAUGCCGCCAAGUCCUACAGCAUUCAGCCCGUCACGACGAGCGCGUCGAUAACGCCGGCGGAAAAUUCCUUCAUCAAAAAGCUCAAGACGUCCGGCAGGAGCCUCGUGGUGUUCUACGGCAGCCAGACCGGCACCGCGGAAGAGUUCGCCGGUCGCCUCGCCAAGGAGGGCAUCCGCUACAAGCUCAAGGGCAUGGUGGCCGACCCCGAGGAGUGCGACAUGGAGGAGCUCAUCAAUCUCAAGGACAUCCCCAAUAGUCUGGCCGUGUUCUGCUUGGCCACCUACGGCGAGGGUGAUCCCACCGACAACGCCAUGGAAUUCGUCGACUGGCUCAAGAACGGCGACGCCGAUCUCAACGGUCUCAAUUACGCCGUGUUUGGAUUGGGUAACAAAACUUAUGAGCACUACAAUGAAAUUGCCCUUUUUGUUGAUCACAAACUUGAGCAGCUUGGUGCUAAUCGUGUCUAUGAAUGUGGUCUUGGAGAUGACGAUGCCAACAUUGAAGAUGAUUUUCUUACUUGGAAAGAAAAGUUCUGGCCUGCAGUCUGUGAAUAUUUUAAUAUUGAACCAGCUGCGGAAGAAUUUAGUGUUCGUCAAUACAAACUUACAGAACAUGUUGAUAUGCCAGCUGAAAAAGUUUUCAGGGGCGAAAUUGCUAGACUCAAUGCUUUUCAAAAUCAAAGACCACCAUUUGAUGCUAAGAACCCUUUCUUGGCACCUGUGUUGGUAAAUCGAGAAUUACAUGGUCCUUCUUCAACUCGAUCUUGUAUGCAUAUUGAAUUUGACAUAAAUGGAUCUAAAAUGAGAUAUGAUGCUGGUGAUCAUUUAGCUGUAUAUCCAACUAAUAAUGCUGAACUUGUUAAUAAAAUUGGUGAAAAAUGUCAGGCUGAUUUGGAUCAAGUUAUAAGUUUGGAUAAUACUGAUGAGGAAAGUACUAAGAAAAAUCCUUUCCCGUGCCCAUGUACCUACAGAACUGCUUUGACUCAUUACUUGGAUAUUACUAACAACCCAAGAACUCAUGUAUUGAAAGAAUUAGCUGAGUACUGUAGUGAUCCAGCUGAUAAAGAAAAACUAUUAAAGAUGUCUUCUACUACUCCUGAGGGUAAAGCUCUGUUUCAGCAAUGGAUCACUCAUGAAAACCGAAAUAUUGUUCAUAUCUUAGAAGAUAUUCCGAGUUGCAAGCCUGCAUUAGAUCAUUUAUGUGAACUGCUGCCUAGAUUGCAGUGUCGUUAUUAUUCGAUUUCUUCAUCUCCAAAGUUACAUCCGACAGCAAUUCAUAUUACUGCUGUUGUUGUGGAAUACAAAACUCCGACCGGCCGAAUUAACCGGGGUGUUACAACUUCAUGGCUGAAAGAAAAGCAUCCAUCUGAUCCACCUGCCUUAGUGCCAAUUUUCGUUCGAAAGUCUCAAUUCCGUUUGCCAUCGCGCACUACCACUCCUGUGAUCAUGGUUGGUCCAGGAACUGGUAUUGCACCAUUUAGGGCGUUCAUUCAAGAGCGAGAUGUAGCAAAAAGAGAGGGUAAACCAGUUGGUGAUACAGUUCUUUACUUUGGUUGCCGAAAACGCGACGAAGAUUAUCUGUACCAAGAGGAGCUGCAGCAAUAUGUCGAUAGUGGAACAUUGAUUUUGCAUACAGCUUUUAGUAGAGAACAAGCAAAUAAAGUUUAUGUUACUCAUUUACUUGAACAAAAUAAAGAUGAGAUAUGGGAUGUGAUUGGUAAGAAGAACGGUCACAUUUAUGUGUGUGGAGAUGCACGUAAUAUGGCUAGAGACGUUCACAAUAUUCUGCUGAAGGUUGUGAUGGAAAAAGGAAACAUGAGUGAGCUUCAAGCAGCUGAUUACAUAAAAAAGAUGGACUCACAAAAGCGUUAUUCUACCGACGUAUGGAGUUGAAUGUAAAUAAAGAAAAGUCUGUAAAUGUUAGAUUUACUAUUGCGUAUGAGUGGUUGGAUCACUGCAAUUAUACAAAGUGCCUGAGAAGAUAUAUGAAAUCUUCAAUUAUUUUUUAUGAUAAGAAUGAAAACUACAACAAGCUAUUGUUAACAUAUACUUAGGUAUAACGUAUUUUUUGUGAUGAAAUUACCACUCCAUCACGCUAUUUAGAGACGUGCAUACGUAUUAUUUGUUGACACAUGUGUACAUAUGGGUGACUAAAAUAUCUUGUUAGCCAAAUCUAUUGUGAUAACGAUAUACAUAUGUUAUUAGAUAAUUUUACAUAGCUAUCUAGAUAGAAAUUUAUUAUGUAAUUGAAUAAAUAUGAAUUUUUUAGCUGUUAUGAUUUUAAUAUUUUUCUAGAAACUGUUAAAAUAUCAAGUUUUUAAACUAUAAAUCGUAUUAACAUUAACCAUCAAAAUGCAAAAAAAAAAAAAAUUGUACGGUAUAAAUAGCAGUCAAAAGCAUUAUGUUUAUACAAAAUGUUGGAUUUUUAUAAACAAGUAGAUAACUGAAUUUUUAGAUUUAUAGUUGCAACAAGUUGGAUUAAUGAAAUAUUAUAUUGAUGUACAAACUUUUUUGCUAAUUUUUAAUAAAUGUAUAUUUUGAAUUUAUACAUAAGAUUAUACAAUAAGUCGACUUUUAUACACUUCUAAUGGGAAGUAUGAUAAAGAUUCAGAAGAUGGCUAGAUGCCGUAGUUCUUAUAACAUACAUGAAUAUACACUGUAAAAAAAAUAAAUGAAAUAUGUUAACAAAUAAAUAAUUUAAUUUAUUAAAAACUA